CACUCGGCUCCAGUGCUCAUUUAAGGAGCUCCACACCAGCACUCUUAGGCAGUUUAACCGUUGCAGGAAGGCACAUACAGGACCUGCAUUAUAAGUGAUUCCAUUCAAGAGCUUUUGGGAAGUACAUGCUGUGGGAAGAUCACAGAGUUGGUUCCUCCUUUCUGCUGGGGAGUCUGAGGUUUCUGUGUGGAGGCCAUGUGCCGCAGCAUGGGACCUGGUGCCUGGUGAGGAGUAGGUGACGAGGACAGCUUCUGCGGGCAGGACGAGUACGAGGACCGCAAAUCUGACGGAGACGGCACUGCAGAGGACGUCUCUGGGCUUGGCUGGUCCCCGCGGGACACACAUUUCUUCUCGCAGCCAGAAGCGGCGGACUCUGCCUGCACUUCCCUUGGCUCCUACUUCUCUAUCCGCAGUUCUCCUAUCAGCACAGACAGUCACAGCCCAGGGAUGUAUUUCUGCCACUUGGGCGGCGCUAACGUCCUUUCAGGCUCCUACCCCCCCGAGGAGACCCCCAUUUCUCUGUCCCUCAGCAAGGCCACGGAGACUCAGUGCUGCCCAACAACAAGCAUCACCCCCCCUGUCAACAGCGUGGCGACGCUGAAGGACCCACGGCAAGCUGAGAGCAUGGAAUCAGACAGUGAGAUGUUCCCCAUUUUGGUGAGGUCCAUGGCAAUGUCAGGGAGACACAGACGGGAGGUGCCCUCAUCACCUACUGAAUCAAGGAGGAGGCUGAGCUUAGACACCCCAGCAAUGGACAGUCAUUGGGCCAGAGAAGAUCUACAGCAGUCAUCCCACCUUCAUCACUCUGCUUACCCAGAAUGCCCCAGUAAAUCACAGGGGAAGCCCAAUGAGAAAACUGAAAAAGACUCUAAAAUUAACCAGAAGAAACUGGAGUUGGGGUCGAGCUCGUACUCAGGGUCUGAGGUCCUGGUGUCAGACUGUCCCGUGCUGGUGUUGCUGGAAACUUCCAGGAGUGUUGCCAGAACAGCAGGAGAGGACCCAGAUGAGACAUUGUACACCAAGGAAGCACAGAGUCACAUGCUGAUGGCACAGAGCGUCCUUCAGGAGCUAAAGCAGUACCAUGGAGCCAAGACAAGAACUGGGUCCAGGGAGGCCAAAGAACCUUCAGGGAAUGUCACCUGGUAUGAGUUUCUCUCCAAUGAAGACGGCGAUGAGGACGACCAUGCGGAGAAAAUGGAGGGAGGCAAUACAAAAGUCAAGCGCACCCUUAGCUCUCUGAGGAACAGGAUGGCUGGAUCCUUCAUUAAAGAUAAGGGUAAGAACAGAGAGAAAGAGAAGGGGAGAGAAACUGAUUCCAAGGAGGAUUCCAAGGAAGAACCCAAGGAGAAGCAUUCCAAGGAAGAACCCAAGGAGAAGCAUUCCAAGGAGAAAGAUCCAAAGGAGAAGCAUUCCAAGGAGAAAGAUCUAAAGGAGAAGCAUUCCAAGGAGAAAGAUCCAAAGGAGAAGCAUUCCAAGGAGAAAGAUCUAAAGGAGAAGCAUUCCAAGGAGAAAGAUCUAAAGGAGAAGCAUUCCAAGGAAGAGGAUUCUAAGGAGAAGGAAUUCAGCAAUGGGCACCAGCUGGUCCCAGCAACUGUCCCCAGUGGUGCGACCUGCUCUCUGUGCAACAAACCCCUGCAGAGGAGAGAUGGGCUGCAGUGUCACAACUGCGGCAUCACUGUUCACAGAGGCUGCAGGAGUCUUCUCACAGAGUGCAGCAGCCGAAACAGGUUUAAAGAGCCUCCGACCCAGAGCAGUGGGAAGGUGUGGAGUCGAGUGCAGUACUACAACCUAGCGCUGAGGGAGUCUGCUGUAGCCGGAGGCGGCCCCCCUGGCAUGACCGUCGCCCCGCGAGGACAGAGCCGCCGGCCCGCCGCCGCCCGCAGCCCCGACCUCGCCCACAGCAGCACCUCAGGAUCCAUCCCUGGGGAGAUGGAGGAGCCCGACGUGGCGAAGUUGAAGCCUGUCACGGAUGACUCGGCCUCCCAGCUCUCCUCUUCUGCAGAGGCCAUCGUUCUGGAAGAUGCACAUUACUUAUCAGUGCAAGCCGAAUUGGAGUUCGAUGCCCAGGACUUUGAGGUGGAGUCCUGGAGCCUGGCUGUCGACCCGCAGUACGCAAAGAACCACUCAAAGGAAGCCACUAAGAGACAGGAUGUGAUAUACGAGUUGAUCCAGACGGAGAUUCACCACGUUCGAACCCUGAAAAUCAUGCUGUGGGUGUACGCGCACAAGAUGCGGGAGACGGUGCAGGUGGAGCGGGUCUUUCCCCGUCUGGAGCACCUGCUGGAGGUCCACCGGAACUUCCUGUCCCUCCUCAAGGACCGAAGGCGCGAGUCGCUGGAGCCUGACAGCGAGCGCAACUACUGCAUCCAGCGCAUUGGAGACAUCAUCGCCUCGCAGUUUUCCGGGACCAUGGGUGAGCGGUUGAAGGACGGCUACGGCGGCUUCUGCUGCCGGCACACAGAGGCUGUCAGCUAUUACAAAGACCAGCUUCAGAACAACAAGAAGUUUCAGACCCUCAUACGGAAAAUCAGCAACCUGCCCAUCGUGAAGAGGCAGGGCGUGCAGGAAUGUAUCCUGCUGGUAACUCAGCGCAUCACUAAGUACCCUGUGCUGAUGGAGCGGAUCCUGCAGAACACUGCCGCGGGCACUGAGGAGCACAGGGAACUGGCGGAGGGGCUGGCGCUGAUCCGAGCCGCCAUCACGCAGGUGGAUGCCCAAGUCAACGACUAUGAGAAGGCCACGCGUCUGAAGGAGAUCGGCAGCAAGAUAGAGCCCAAGUCCGUGGGCAAGGUGAAGGAUGGCCGCGGGCUGAGCAGAGAGGACCUGGGCCGAGGCGGCCGCAAGCUGCUGCACGAGGGCACCGUCACCUGGAAGGCCGCCUCCGGCAGGCUGAAAGAGACCCUUGCUGUGUUGCUGACCGAUGUCCUUCUGCUCCUACAAGAGAAGGAUCAGAAGUACACUUUCUCCACUGUGGACAACAAGCCCUCGGUGAUCUCCCUGCAGAAGCUGAUCGUGCGGGAGGUGGCCCAUGAGGAGAAAGGCAUGUUCCUCAUCUGCGCCUCCUCCAACGAGCCGGAGAUGUACGAGAUCCACACGGCCUCCAAAGAGGAGCGGAACCUGUGGAUGGGGGCUAUCCGGCAGGCCGUGGAGAAUUGCCCACACGUGGGGGAAGAGUCCUUUGUUGAGCAGGAGGAUGAGCGGCUCAACAGAUUGAAGGAACUCCAGGAGCGCCUGAGCCUGAAGGACGCCCAGAUCAUGCAGAGCCUGAAUGGGAAGCUGCAGAUCUUCGCAGACUUGGCUGAGUUUUCCGCCGGCGUGCCGACAGGCUCUCGCACUCGCUUACUGCUGCGAGGUGAUUCCUCAGAUCUCCAGCAGGGGGAGAACCUGCUGAAGGAUGCCAUUACUGAAGCUGAGAGCCUACAGGAGCUGCUCCUGUCGGGCAGGAGAGAGACUCCUCUGGAGUCAGAGCGCAGCCAGAGUCCUGGGGGGUUGCCCUGCAGAGCAGAGACCUCGGGGAGCUACGACAGCCUUCCCACCUCCCUCUGCAAAACGGGCAGCAUGAGGAAGGCGGCUGCUGGGCAGGAGAGCAGGUCGAGGGACAGAAGCCAGAGGGCCCGGUCCGACCCCCAGCUGAGGGAGACGGGAGACAGCCAGCAGUCGGCUGUGGGAGGCCCUCUGGGAAACGGCGACACCAGGUGCUCGAAUUCAUUUCCUGAAACAGAGUUUCUUGACCGAGUGCUGAUGCUGUCCCAGCGGCUGUACAGCCUGCAGGCCAUCAUCUCCCAGCAGGAUGGUCAAGUUGGCCAGCAGAGGGCAACUCUGGCGAACCGCGAGCAGUCGGGUCGACCGCGUGGGGGCACGCCGCUGGAGCAGGAGAAGCAGCGGGAGGAGCUGGCGGACCUGCGGCGGCUGCAGAGCCAGCACCAGCAGGAGCAGGCACGCUGGCAGCGGGAGAGGCAGCGGGAGCAGCGCGAGGUGGAGGAAAGCGGCGGGCACCUGCGCCGGCGUGAGGAGGCGUGCCGCGCGCUGGAGGAGCGGCUGGCUGAGGAGCACCGCGAGCUGGAGCUCCAGCGCGACAAGUACCGGCAGGACCUGGAGCGGCUCCGCGAGUCCAGUGCCGCCGUGGAGAAGGAGAGGGAGUGGAUGGAGCGGCAGCAGAAGCGGCAGCGGAGCCACAGGCCCCCAGAAUCCUCCCUGAGUUUCAACGGGGUCAGCGGCACCAUGAACGAGCCAGUCCCCCUGCGCGGCCCCUCGGUCGCGCACCCUGACCUCCCCGAGAGGCUCGAGACCCUCCUGCGGCGAGACAGCAGCACCUCCGUCAUGGGGAAGGCGGAAGUGCCCAUCCACCUGAUCAGCACCACCAACCAGCAGCUGCAGCAGCGCGGCGUGCCCCAGCAGAUCCCCACCAAGCUGGCCGCCCUCAGCAAGGGCAAGGAGAAGAGCGGGAAGGGCAAGGGCUCCCAGCGCAGCGACAGCAUGGGUUGGCAUCCCGACCUGGGUUGUUCCCUGCCUUGCGCCCCUAACUUCCAGGAUAGGCUCCAGACCCCUUCAACCCUGCGUAGGAUAACUGGCGUCCGCAGACACAAAGCAGGCACCACCUGUCAAGCAGUCGGCAAAGGAGGAGGGGGUUCCGAAAUCCAAGGGGCCCGUCACUCCACCACAGCCACAUCACACAGAUCCAGCCAGCAUUCUGGACCUGGAUGCCAACUCUCUGCCCCCUGGCCCACCGCCUCAGCAGCUUGCUGGCCACCCCCCCAAGGAGGACGUGAUUUUCUUCUAGAGCUGCUCUCGGGGGGGGGGGUCAGAUGCCUGCAGGAUUUUAUGCAUUUACUUUUCUACCCCUCUUUUUCUGCAAAUCAAUAUUCUGAGGGAUACCGAAUGUUCUUUAAUCCUUUGAUACCCAAAAAAAACAAUUGCACGACGGGACAUUCUCAUUUAGCCUGGUCCAGUGGAAAGAGAUGGUAUUUCCUGCCUUAAAGGUUUCCUUACUGUUCCUCGCAUAAGACCUUCGGGAUGUAGAAUUAGAGGAAUAGAAUGUACUAUCUAUACAAUAUCCUCACCGUCUACUAGAGCAGGUACUUCCUGGGUCCCCUUUGUGUUCUUAUGCAGAAUAACAGCGACACUACUAACUUUCGUAAUCUUGCGUAAUCUCGAUAUAUAAAUGUCGGUUUUGCACAGUGUCUCUAGGAAAUCCUACAGCAGCUUCCUGACUUUGAGGACAUGUCUGUGCUGUGUCACUGACCGGACGCUGAUAUCUAACGUGUGUCGCGUGGAAUGUCUUUGCGGAAGAAGAAUCCCUGAAACAGAACUCUGAAAAUAAGGGGCACUGUGGUUUUUUUUAUCCGUCCUGAAUUUUAAAUAUCUGAGUGAGUGUCUGUUGUUAGUUGCUUUGACCUUUUUAUUUUCACAAAGUGCUAUUUUGAAGUACUUUAAAGAUAGUUGUUCCGAGAAUCAUCAGAUGUUGGAUAUAAAAAAAAAAACCUGUGGGAAUAUAGACAGGGAUAAUCUGACUACAACUAUUUUAGUGCUGUGAUCUUCCUGAAAUGUGCCAAGCAUGAGCGUCUGCAAGAAUGAUCUCCAGCACUCUGUCUGAAGGUGCAGCAUAAUUUAGAGUGGAUUAUAAUGGGUAAUCCAAUGUGGGACCAGUUUGCUGUCCUUCGCGGAGAUGUCACGCCCAGUAGCCCUUUGGGUCCUGUCGGGGCUCUAAUCGGUCAUGUUUGUAUGUGCGAUCAAGCCAAUCAAAUGUCGCACUAUUAUGGCCGGUAACUUCAGAUGUGUCAAGGUUGACUCAUUCCAAAUCAAACAAUUAAGGCUGAACUGCAGGUUCCCAACCAUUCUGUUAGUCUAGGGUGUGGGUGUGUGUUUAUGUGUGUGUGUCAGAAGAAUUGGCCAGGAUUGACUGUAAAACUGCACAGCAAACAAAGAUGCAAGGUUAAAAAAAAAAUUCUGCUUAAACCCCCCCCAACCUCAAGCUGAUGCUCCACAGUGCGGUGAACUAAUAGCCAGGUUCCCAAGUUGGAGAUCCAGAACUUGGACACGCUGUGGACGUGCCUCGCGGGUUAGGCGGAAACGACGGCUCCUUCUGCUGACCGUUAAAAAGCUCUGUCCGCUCGGAUGUGGUUUGCAUCUCCUCUCUUCUCCCCUCUUUUACAAUGUUGGAGGUUUCCCCACUCCCAUUAAUGCGUUAGUCAUCCUUAUGUCCGUUUAUUUGAAAUAUUAAACCAAAGGAACGUUUUCUAAUUGGUGAUUUUGGUUUUUCGUUCGUAAUGAAUUUGUUACCACUUGAAUGAACUGAACUGGCAACAGUCGCCUGAUUUAUAAGUAAGAAUCUCUGCGAUUGUGAAUAUAAGUGUGGAAGGUCCUGGUGUCGUUUUGUAGCAGUUUUUCGUUUGUUCUUUCGUUUGCUUAUUUAUUUGUUUCUGUUCGUCUGUCUUCCCCCCAUGUUGUCCAUACUGGUGUGAGAUGCUGCUUCCCCUUGGAUCAGGUGGCGUUCCUGAAUCCCCCAGUUUCUGACAUGAAUAUGACUAACCGUCGGGAUUUUAAACCUCCUUUGUUAUGCACAACCUGCACUCAGUUUUUAUAUAGAGUUGAGAUUAAUUUCCUUUAUUAUUUAUGGCUGAUUAUGCGUCUUUCUCCAUAAACAUCUUGAUCUGUCUUUAUGUAAAUAGUGGUUAUAAUUGUACAUGUUUGAUUAUUAGUGAUCAUGAAGGGGAAAUUAAUGAUUGUAUUUGUGUUUAAAUUAUGUUGUGCUUUUUUUUUGUCAUACAUUAUUCUAUCCGUGUGGAAGUCUGUGGGUUUAAGCAAUAAAAACAUUUGUACCGGG